AACUACCUUCAGUCACAGCUACACUCUGGAUUAUCAAAGGCUUUGUAGAGAAGCUCCUUCCUCGGGCUCCUCGGGCAACACAGCAGGGGUUUCACGAACCUGCCCGUCAUUAAGAAAAUGAAAAUGUCAGCGGCAGACAUCUGCCAAGUUCUCAAGGAGGGAGAGCUGGAGAAGAGGAGCGACAACCUGCUCCAGUUUUGGAAGAGGAAGACGUGCGUCCUGACCACGGACAGCCUCAACAUUUACGCAGACACGCAGAAGCGCUCCAAGGGCAAGGAGCUCAAGCUGCAGUCCAUCAAGAAGGUGGACUGCGUGGAGCGAACCGGCAAGUUCGUCUAUUUCACCAUCGUGACCACAGACAAUAAGGAGAUCGAUUUCCGAUGCUCCGGAGAGGAGAACUGCUGGAACGCAGUGAUCACAAUGGCGCUGAUUGAUUUCCAGAACAGAAAAGCCAUCCAGGACUUUAAAACGCGGCAGGACAACGAGAGCGCGUCGCCCGGUCAGCAGGAGAGGCGCAUGGCGAGGGCGCCAUGAGCCGCUGCCACUUAACUACUCCUAAUAUGUGUCAACGUGGACCAUUAAGAAAUAAUACACGGACCAAAAGGAAGACGAGGUAAUCCGGUCCAGAGAUGAAGGAUUGUUCCGGACUGAGCUCUCAGACAGGACAGCUGAACAGACAGACAGACAGAGACAGACAGACAGACAGAGAGAGAGAGAGAGUUUCACAAGCUCCACAUGCAGGACUGAACCCUUGAAUUGUCAAAACUAUUUCAAGCUUGCUCUCCUGGGAGGAAUGACUCCUAAAAUCUAUGAUUGUUAAUUUAUUUGUUUGCAAGUAUAUGGUGUUACUGGCAAACAGCUUGUAUUGUUUAAAUUAUUUGCAAUUUCAUUGUGUGUUGUGUGUGUCAG